GGGGAACCGUGCGAGGAAGAUGGCGCCGGCGCGACGCCUCUCGGGGUCCUCGGUGCCUUGGCUGCUCCUCCUGGCCGGGGCUCUGGCGCUGGGGCUCAGCGAGGCGCUGGGCGUGCUCAACCUCCACGAGCUCAGCGAGCUGAAGUACGGAAUUGAAAUCGGCGCCGAGCCCGUGAUGGCCGGGCAGAGCAAGUCGUCUGAUGUGGUGAGUAUCUCAUCCAAAUACAAGCAGAUGUACGAGUGCCGGCUACCUGCUGCCGCAGUGAAGAUCCACCAGGAAAAAGAGGAGCACCCACGGAGUUACAGUGGACUUGGAAUCUCAGAACUGCUGAAGCCCAUGGAAGUGGCUCCUUGCCUUAUCAAGACCAAGGACUGGUGGACGUACGAGUUCUGCUACGGGAAGCACAUCCAGCAGUACCACACGGAAGAGUCUGAAAUCAAAGGUGACAUUCUGUACCUGGGGUACUACCAGUCUGCAUUCGACUGGGACAACGAAACUGCCAAGGCGUCCAAGCAGCACAAGCUGAAGCGUUACCACAGCCAGACCUAUGUCAACGGAUCCAAGUGCAACUUGAAUGGGAAGCCCCGGGAGGCUGAAGUCAGGUUUCUGUGUGAGGAAGGUUCGGGUGACUACAUUGCCCGUGUGGAUGAGCCCCAGUCCUGCUCCUACGUGCUGACCAUCCACACCACCCGCAUCUGCCACCACCCAUUUCUGCGGCCACCGUCCACUGCCACCCCUCAGACUAUCCGCUGUCACCCGGCCCUGAGCCCUGCUGAAUAUGUGGAAUAUGUCAAGGCCCAAGUGUCUGACACAAAGCGCAAAGUGGAGGAGAUCUCUGAAGAGCUGAAGACUCUAGACACACGACUGUGGAAUGAGCGAGACCCCAACUCUGCCGUUCAGGAUUCAGAUGGCAAUGUGACCCCAGAGCCUGUUCCAACUGCUUCUCCUGAAAGCGACCCAGGUGAUGACACUGAUUUCUGGGAGAGAGCGCUGCGGGGAGAUGAGAAGACAGCCCAGAUGCCAGACCAAACCAAGGAGGAAGAGCCAAUCAUGAAGACAGCAGACAGUCACCUAGCAGAUUUCAAGAGAAAAAUCCACUUCAAAGUUAUCAAGAAUCCUGGGGACCUGGUGCAGUUUAUUCGUGACUUGAAGGAGAAUGCCAGGAAGGACAAAGAGAUGGUGAGAGAAUCAGAGGAAGCAUCUCAAGAAACUCCACCCAAAAGUGAGCCAUCAUUAGGGACGGAGCACUCUGAAGAAGGGGCCCAGGAGGAUGAGAAGGAUGAGGAAGACCUGCUGGGGAAGUUUGAGAAGGAACUGGAAGACAUCCUGCUGCCUAAGUCUGAAAUGGCCAAGCUGAAGGAGGAGGUAAAAUCUGAGAUGGAAAAGGAGUUUGAUCACAUCAUUGAUGAGGUGGAGGAUGAGUUGGAAACAGAAGGUCUGAAAGGUGAGUUUGAUCGAAAGCAAGCCUCCAAGUCUUUGGCUUCUACCCUCAACAAGCUUAUUGACAAGCUGGAUCCUGGCAAAGACUUGAAUAAAGGAGAUAAGGAGCAGGAGCCACAGCCAGGGGAGGAAGAAGAGGUAGCAGCAGAUGGGGAAGACACUGCUGAAGAAGACGUAGUCAAACCAGCAACUGAUGGCGACCCAGACGGGCGCGUGAAAGUCAGGGUCACUAAAGUAAAGCCAGGCAGCGCUCAGCAGAAGCUGCUGCGAGUCCAAGAGAUGAGCAGGGACAACCCACAGCUGCGCCACAUAGAGAGUGUGGUUAAGGACCUGUUGGAGAAGGAAGGCCUGAAGGCAGAAGGUAAAAUUGAAAUCAAGAUUGUGACCACGGGUGGCCUGGGCGACGACGAUGAUACCCAUUGGCUGUCAGAAGAGGACACCAAAAAUCUCAAGGACAUCUUCUUCAAUAUUCUGAUCCAGGGUACGGAAGAAGCUCAUAAAGAACAGCGGAGGCAGCGACAGCUGGAAGACAACUAUCGUUUUGUGUGGGGGCGCAGGCAGGAUGAAUUACCAGCUGCUGGCAACGCUGAUUCAGAUGAACUGGAUUUCUAAACCUCAACAAGCAUUGGAACUUGGUCACCUUUCCCCCCCUGCAAGACUUCUUGGGCACCGUUUCAGUUGCUCGCCAGGAAGAACAGUGUGUUUCAGUAGUGACCAGAAUCCUAUUAGAAUUGCCUACAAAGUGGCUGGCAUGUGUGAGGGGUCUCUCUUGCCCAUAAGGUGCAGACUUGUCUUUGUUGGACCCACUGCUGUCUCA